AUGUCGAAACAGACGUGCGACGUCUGCGGGACCUUUCUUUCGUCAGCUCCUGAUACCGACGCACAAAAAUGUCUUGGCCACGUACGUCUUGCUCGCUGUCGACCAGACGAAUCGUUUGCCACUCUCGCAGUUGGGUACCCUGUCAAUGGCGAGUUCACUGUGCCCGAAGAUGUAACAGCUCGAAUCAGCCUCAGGGAAUCUGGUCCUGGGCUGGAACAACAUCCUGACGAUCGUGUGUCUCUGCUGGAUAUCUUCCACGAACCAUGCUGGAAUAUGCUAUUGGACUACUGGCUAGGGCAUCCCAGAGAACCGAACUCGCGCCACCUCAUUAACCAACCCGAGACUAUACCCUGCAUUGUUCCAGGGCAGCCGACUCUUGGAUUCAACAUGUACUUCGGCGGCUUAGAUGGAUCGUGGCUUCCACGUCUGAUUCAAGUAUCUGUGCUCACCACUCCAAAUACCGACGUUCUUCGGGGGUUGGGUUUCUACUACACAGACGGAUCCUGUAAGCGGUAUCUAAUCCCAGGUGCUAACGCGGCUUUUAGAGGCAGUCGUCCCUAUCACGAAAUAGGAUUCCUGCUGAAUGGGCCUGAGGGAGAAAGAAUCAACGCUCUUGUGCUCGAAAAGUUUAACGAUGAAGUUGACCUCAAAGCCAUCACCAACUUCCAUCGAGUUUUCAAGGUGUCUCAAGCAGAUAAAGAAAAAGAAGCCAGAUUGAAGGGUCAAAUAUACAAACCACUGAUCAAACGCACAGAGGUUCCAGAUGGCCUGACUCUUGUUGCAAUUCUUGCAACUGUCAAACUCUCUGUGAGCCACGAAACGAUAGAGACUCUGGGAACCAGUUGCAUCCAAGAUCAACGUUCCACUUCACUUGGACCCAAUCGUCACCAAGGAGAACCACUUGCCAUCACCCUACCACGAUGGGAGCGGACAGUAAAUACAUGUCCCAGUGAUAUUAGCAUGACUAUGGUCCGCUUAGAGGGUAUCAAACGAAUUGGUAUUUCUACAGCUACCUUUGGAAAGACACCAGCACAAAGGUACAUAUCAGGUCUUUGCUUUGAGUUCUGGGAUACAAUUCCUCUAAUUUAUCUGGGCUAUUUUUACAAGCAGCACGACUACCUCAACCUGGAGGAUGGAGAUGAGAUCCAAGACAUCAAGUGCUGCGUCGCGGGUAACUUCAUGACAGUCAAGAAACAACCGCGGGAUCCCCUAGAAGAGAGGCUUGUCUCCGACUUCGAUGCCGCUGACUUCGAUAUCGCUGUGUCUGUCACCAGCGAAGAGCUAUUCUGGGAAAUCGAGGACUCUAAAGCAAUGGUUCGAGCCGUCACCCACAUCCAUACAUAUUUCCAUGCUAUCGUAAAACAGUCCCUUUGUGGUUUCGAAUUUGGUUACGAAGACUUCGUGUUUCACACGACCGCCGCUCGAGAGAUUACACUGUCGCCCUCUAGAUGCCGAACAAGGGAACUAGUACCGGCUCCAUCCAUGGAUGACAUUCUUGCGCAGGUUUUGGCUGGGACAGAGGUGCCAAGCGGAGAAGCGACCCAGAAUCCGACAGUCCAAGAACCAGAAUCGCCGGUCCUGCCAGAAUGUCACUGGCUCAAUGCCCAAGCAUACGAUGAGCCUACAUACGGCGAAGACGAGUAUCGAAAGGUCUGCCAGGCAGUGCAGUCUAAAUCAAAGAGGCCAUCUGUCGGGAUGUAUGUCGAGAUGACCUAUCAUCCUACAAGGGAACGUCGCGAAGUCAUGAAUGCUGUACCACUAUUCUUUGCCCCAUGCACGUAA